AUGUCAGCGAGAGAUACAGUUGAAGGGGGCAUUUGGAAGAGAGUUGGGUUGGGGACAACCACAAGCAUAUGGAAGGAUCACUGGAUACCAAACAAUCCAAAUGGACAGUCAACAACUCCAAUUCCAGCCAAUGCGGAUGAGCAGAAAGUUGAAGAGUUGAUCUCAAACUUUAGGUGGAACAAGAGUGUCAUUUUCAGAAGAUUUAACAAAGAGGAUGCUGAGAACAUUGUAAAGAUACCUAUUAGCCUUUCAAGGACUGGAGACCAGCACUUUUGGAUACAUAUAGAAGAGAGGAGGAAGGAAGUAGGAGUAAGAGGGGAUUCAGGUUCUAGUUAUGAUGACUCCAACACCCAAAUUUGGAGAACUCUUUGGGGUCUGAAUAUCAAGCAUAAGAUUAAGCUAUUCAUUUGGAGGUGUAUUACUAACACAUUAACAGCAAGGGAAACAAUAUUCAGGAGAACGAAACAAGGCUCACCAUGCUGCUUGAGAUGUGGAGACAAGAUAGAAACGGUGGAACACAUUCUGUUUCAUUGUGCACAGGCUCAGAAGGUAUGGAAGCUUGCACCAGUUCAAUGGGACGGCAUUCAGACUCAAACUGGUUGUUUUAUGCAAUGGUGGGCAGCUUUAACUCAAGCUAGGAGUAGGAAGGAAGGCAAACAACAUUUAGCUUUGACUGCUAACAUACUUUGGCAGCUAUGGAAGGAUAGGAAUGAGCUGGAAUUUGAAGGGAAAGAGAAGGAUGGUAUUAAAGUAGUGCAAAAGGCAAGUAUUGAGUGGAUGGAGUUUGAGGAAGCUGGUACAGGAAAGGAAGCUAGGAGUACAUCAGAAACAGAUGCAGCAGAUGCAAGGCAAAGGGAGGAAGGAAUGGAGGUAAGGGACUUGGUGGAACUUCACACUGCAACACAGAAAGCAACCGAGGGACACAAGAUGGGAAUUGGCGUUGUGGCCAAGCUGAAUGGAACAAGAAUUAUAGCUGACUGGGUGCUAGUGGACAGAACUUCGCAACUGGCAAUACAAGAUGAAGCUGCAGCAGUGCGAUUGGCACUCAUCAAAGUAUGGCAGCUUGGCUGGCACAGGAUUAAAGUCAUAAACGCCAAUCACCAUCUUAUUGCUAUGCUGAAAAGUGGGAAAGGAGACAAUCCGAACACAGUCACGUUAGUGGAUGAUAUACUUGCUCUAGCUAAUCUGUUUCAAAUGUGCUUUUUUGAAGUAGGAAAAAAUAGUAAUAUGUCUCUAUGUCAAAGCAUUAGUCGUUAUGCUCUAAGCAUAGUUUUGGAUGAAGAGAGAAUUUUUGUCUCUUCUUAG